UUUCUUCACAGCUCGCGAUCGAAGCACACGUCCAGUACCUGCUGGAGGAGAACGAGGAGCAGCUUGCUUUCCAGAAGCGGCUGUCUUCCUAGCAGAUACUGUCUUGCGCUCCUUGGAUGGAGGUUCUGGCUCGUUUUCACUAGCUGAUGACUCCACGAGGGGGCGCUUGCGACCUUUCUUUGGUGCAGCUUUGGCUGGACGACGAGGAGGAACAGAUCUCUUCUUCUUUAUCGGAAUAUCAGACGAGGAAUUAGAUUCUUUGUCUGAGGAGAUCUCGAUUUCUUCCUUUGCAGGUUGAGAAACCCCCCUUGUGGGACGGCUAGAAGUAGCUCGUUUAGUAGUUGUUCUACUACCGCGAGUACCCUUAUCGACCGGACCCGCCAUAAUCUCAGCUGGAGUCUUACCUUCCCACCACGUCGAGGAGAUGCCAGACGGGAAAGGCUCUGGAGGAGGUUCGACGCCGAUCUCGUAAGUCUCGGUGUCGACUUCGCGGCAGAUCAUUGUUGCUUCGCCUCUGGCAGCAGCUGCGCGGAGGAAAUCGAGCGAGCGUGGGAUCUUGAAGCGGAUCGUGGCUCGGGGAUUGAGGCCCUCUCGGCGCCGAGACUGAACAUAGUCGAUGCAGCACUGGAUGCGGUAGACUUCGUCGUGGACUGGAGGAAGAUCUGUAUCAGAGGAGGGUUGGGAAUUGCCGGAGGAUUGAGAUUUGUUGGAAUUGCUGGGGCUAUGGGAAGGUGGUGCUGUGCCUCCGCGAGUUUGAGAACUGGAAGACUCGGGAGCUUCAGAGGGUUUUUGGCUUGUUGAACGGAUUGAUCUCGCCCGCUUGUUCCUGGAAAGAUCCGGCGAGACAGAUUCAGAGGCUUGUCUUUUCUGACCUCUGGACAUGUUGCACUGUUGGGGUUUGCGAUGAGGAGUAAUUCGUGUAAGAGGACGUAUGAGACAAUUGAGCAAGUUUUACCAGCAGAUGAUAUGAUUGGAGUGUAUAAAGUAGUAUACAUGAAGAUAAGAUAUCCUUAUAUGCUGUCCAAAAUACUGGACGGGAACUUACGACAGCAUUGUCCCAUUGUCAGUAUUCUUUUGUUACCAUUGUUGUCGAAUAGCAUUGUUCUUUGUGCCGUAUUUAGAACAAGAAGCCCUUUCAAGGCUUCAGUAAAUAUGCAUUGUGCAGUCCACGAAUCUCGUGGUGAAGCAGACUCUUUGUGCGCUUCAGAAAUCGUGUAG